AUGUUCGAAGGGGCUAGGGCGGGGGUAGUUUCAAAAGGGGGUGAAGAGGGAAGGGCAGGAGCGAGUGUGGGGUCUAGGCCAGACGGUAGGGCUGGUUCGAUGAGGGGUGGUAGAGGUAGGCAAGAGGCGAGAGAGGAUAGGUUGAGGGUAAGAUCUUGGAAUAUAGAGACCCUCCAGGGUAAGUCCGUUAAGCUGGUGAAGAUCCUUAAGAAGAAGAGGAUUAAUAUUGCAUGUGUUCAGGAGACUAAGUGGGUAGGGUCUAAGGCUAGGAAUGUGGAUGGGUUCAAGCUGUGGUACUCAGGGAGUGAGAGGUGGCAGAAUAGAGUGGGCAUCUUAGUGGACGAGGGUCUUAGAGGACAAGUGGUAGAGGUCAAGAGGGUUAAUGAUAGGCUGAUAAUAAUUAAGCUGGUCGUUGGGGGGUUUACUUUGCAUGUGUGUAGUGUUUAUGCACUGCAGGUGGGCUUGGAAGAGGAGGUAAAAAUGAGUUUUUGGGAGGCUUUGGACGAAAUGGUGAGAAUCAUGCCUAGCACGGAGAAGAUUGUCAUAGCACGGUACUUCAAUGGGCAUAUUAGGGUUUUACCGAGAGGCUCUAAUAAUGUGUAUGGAGGUUUUGGUUUCGAUGAUAGGAAUAGGGAAGGAGCUGCUCUGUUAGAGUUUGUGAGGGAUUUUGGGCUAGUGGUUGUGAACUCGAGUUUUCAGAAAAAAGAGGAUCACUUGAUUACCUUUCUAAGCGCGAUUGUCAAGACUCAGAUUAACUUUUUGCUGCUUAGAAAGGGGGAUAGGCCUUUUGUAAGGACUGAGGACUGGUGGUGGAAUGAAGAAGUUAAAAAGGAAGUGAAGAGUAAGAAAGGGGCGUAUGUUAAGUUUAUUGAGAGUAAGGAUGAAGAGGAUAGGCGGGUGAAUAAGGAGGUGUACAAAGUAGCAAGGAAGGAGGCCAAGUUAGCAGUUACGGCGGCUAAGACAACAACGUUUGAGAGCAUGUAUGCGAGAUUAGAAGAGAAAGACGGGGAAAAGAAAUUGUAUAGGUUGGAUAAAGCUAGGGAGCGAAAGGAUCGUGACCUCGAUCUAGUGAAGUACAUUAAGAGGGAGUAUGGGAGAGUUUUGGUGGAGGAUGUCCACAUUAAGGAGAGAUGA